AAAAAUCUCUUUAUUUUAUGGAUUCUGUAAUAGAUCAUAAAAUGAAAACUUCCAAUGAAUUCACCAAUCCAAUUUCAUGUAAUAAUCCAUUAUAUUGUAUCUUAGUUGGUGCUAUUAGAGGAAUUGCAGUUAUUAUGGAACAAAUUCUUGUUGAUUGGGCAAAGCAAAAGUAUACAAUUGAUAAUUGGUUAGAUUGUGUUGGAGGAAGAAAAGAUCCACAAGACAUUACAGAUGAAAAACGUAAAAAGGCCAUAUUGAUGCUUAUAUUUUGGAUCCAUACUCAAAAGCUGAUCACCAAGGACAUUUCUCUGGAUGAUAGUACUGUAGAGGAUCAUGAAGCCGGGGUUCUUAUUUUUUUAGAAAAGAUUAAUUACACUGAAUAUAAAGCUAAAGCCCCUCUUAUAUUAAUUGUAUCUCUUGUCUCACACUUAGAGUUAGGUUUCUUUGAUAAUAUUGUCUUAGAUUCAUUUUUCCGACUAGAUGAAGAAUUUUUCCUAAAAUUUAUGUUACAUAUGCAUCUGAUUACAUACAGAUUGGCGGAUUUGAUUGGAAUUCAUCAAAUGACCAUUAAAGAAAUUUACUUUGGGUGUCUCUUGGCAUCAAAUGAAAUAUUAUCCAAGACAAUUGACAUCCAACCUAAUGUAAAUUAUAGAUCAGAACCCUUAAAAAAGAAAAAACAUGAUUCCGAUAAUCCAUUCACUUGGAAUAAAUUAAUUGAACGUAAAAAAGUAUCUGUUAUCACAGAUGCUAGAAUUGACAAAGUAGAAGAUGUAGAUAUCACAACAGGCCGUUUCAUCGUGUUCGUUCGUAGUCGUAGUGGAUCAUCCGACUCACUAAAACCACAUGCAGAAGAGCAGUAUAAAUUUAGUUCUGCUAUUGAAUCAGGUUUUCCUGUUCAUAAAAUACCUACAGGAGAGUUUACAUUGGAAGAUUUUAAAAAAGAAUUAAAGAAGGCUACGGAAGGUUGUGAAUGCUUUAUAGUGAUAACUGUAAAGCGGUUUUUACAUGAAGUUAACGAGCUUCCCUCAAGAGUCUCAAGAGACUUAACAACAAGAACUGGCAUUGUGUUUGGAGAUCUGUUUCUGGAGUUUAUGGGAAUAUAUUGA